CAAACCUAAAUGCUGUGGUGCUGUAAAAUGCCGUGAGGCGCGGCCGGCGGGGCCUGAGGGACAGAGCCCGGGCCCGGUCCCGCUCCAUAUGCCCCGAACCGCCUCGUCUCGCUCCAUGUGGGGCUGCUCCUCGUCCACAUCCUACUCAUCCUUCUACUAUGGCCCGGAAAACAGUUAGCAGGAAGCGGAAGGCGGCGGCUGCCGCCGCGGGGACCGGGGGACUCCAGGGGGAGCAGUAUGGUUGGGAUCACUCGCUUCACAAAAGGAAAAGGCUCCCACCGGUGAAAAGGUCUCUGGUGUACUAUGUGAAAGGUAGAGAAGUCCGGAUGCAGAAUGAGUCCAGCUACCACCGCUUGUUGCAUGGAUACGCAGCCCAGCAGCUCCCCAGCCUCUUGAAGGAGAGGGAAUUUCAUCUCGGAACACUCAAUAAAGUGUUUGCCUCCCAGUGGCUAAACCACCGACAAGUAGUGUGCGGGACAAAAUGCAACACGUUAUUUGUAGUAGAUGUCCAAACUGGUCAAAUUACGAAGAUUCCUAUCCUGAAGGAUCGUGAACCCGGCAUGGUGAACCAGCAGGGAUGUGGCAUUCAUGCCAUUGAGAUCAACCCCUCGAGGACCCUCUUGGCCACAGGUGGAGACAACCCCAACAGUCUUGCAAUUUAUCGUCUGCCUACACUUGAUCCUGUCUGUGUGGGAGAUGAUGGACACAAGGAUUGGAUAUUUUCAAUUGCGUGGAUCAGUGAUACUAUGGCUGUUUCUGGUUCCCGGGAUGGUUCGAUGGGUCUCUGGGAAGUCACAGAGGAUGUGUUAUCCAAAAGCGAUGCCAGGCAUAAUCUCUCUCAAGUUCCUGUCUAUGCCCACAUAACACACAGUGCUCUGAAGGAUAUUCCCAAGGAGAACACCAAUCCUGACAAUUGCAAAGUCCGAGCACUGGCUUUCAACAAUAAGAACAAGGAGCUGGGAGCUGUGUCCCUGGAUGGGUAUUUUCAUCUUUGGAAAGCAGAGUAUACGCUAUCAAAGUUACUUUCCACAAAGUUGCCAUACUGCAGGGAGAACGUGUGUUUGGCUUAUGGUCAGGAGUGGUCAGUGUAUGCUGUCGGAUCGCAGGCACAUGUCUCCUUUCUGGAUCCGAGGCAGCCUUCGCACAAUGUGAAAUCCGUCUGUUCCAAAGAACGAGGCAGUGGUAUCCGCUCAGUGAGCUUCUACGAGCACAUCAUCACUGUGGGGACAGGGCAAGGGUCCUUGUUGUUUUAUGAUAUCAGAGCCCAGAGGUUCCUGGAAGAAAAGUCCCCCCGUGUUUGCUACGGACAGAAGCAGAAAUUAGGAGGAAGUGAAAUUUUGAAGUUGACAACUGGGAAAGGCUGGCUGAACCAUGAUGAAACCUGGAGGAAUUAUUUUUCUGACAUAAAUUACUUCCCAAAUGCUGUUUACACCCACUGCUACGACUCGUCUGGAACGAAACUCUUUGUGGCAGGAGGCCCUCUUCCAUCAGGACUCCACGGGAAUUAUGCUGGUCUCUGGAGCUAAUGAUAACUCUUCAUUCUGAUGCUGAUCUUGACACAGAUUUCCACUUUUCCUUUUUUUAACAACAAAAUUGUGUGAUGCCAUUGAUCCUGAUUUAAACACAAGUUAUUUUUUGGCAGAGUUUUCUGUUGGUCUUCAACAGUUUUGUACAUCUUUUUAAACUAGUUUUUUGCUUUAACUUCCUUGAUCCUUUAUCUGGAGGGGUUUUGAAGUCCUUUUUUAUUGUAUUUACUCCAAAUGACUCUUCCCUCCAUUAAGGCUGUCUUGGCCAUGUGCCCCCUCCUCUACUUUGCUGUGAGGUAGGAUUUCUUUCUUACAGAGUGGUUGCUCCUGAACUUUCUGUGAAAGUCUUGGGGCUGCAUGUGUGCAGGUACUUUGUGUCAGUUACAUUACCUGGAAUGAGGACUACUUGUAAUUAAAAAUUAUUAAAAAUAUUUAUAAGAGAUAAGCUACUACUUUAUCUGCAGAGCCUCGCCCUGGCCUGGGUUGAUCGUAUUUUUUAAAAGUACAAGUCUAAUGACACUGUUUAUAUGUAGAGGGAUAUGGUAAUUUUAAGCUGUACUCACUGGAGCCCAGGGAUGGAUUCCCUAGGGAUAAUUGCCCAUCAAAUCCAAAGUGCAGGAAUUUUUAAAAGUUCAUUUGUGUUUGAAUGGUAGUUUUCAGCAGUGCUAGGAGCAAAAAAUCAUCUGUUUCUUCACUGCCCAUCCCAGGUAUCAGCUUGCACAACUGGAGUUUGUAUAUGCUGUUCUGCAGCGUGGCUGUUGCAGGAUGACAUUACAUUGAGGGCUGCAGAGAUGCUGAGAGGAAAUGGGGGCUAGUUAUUAAAAAAAAAUUAAAUCUGUCUGUUCUCCAGAUGAAAUAUGGUUUCUAGGUAUGCUGUUAGGGUAGCUUAUAUAUGUAAGCUCUUCAUAAACUUCAUAAAACCUAGGACCCUUUUUAUCCCAGGUUGUGGAAAUUUUUCCCCUUCUUGCUAUUCUGGUUGGGCAUCUGCUCAAAUAAGCCAAUGGAAUAAAUAAACUAUUUUUCUUCUCCAAGAUUAAAGGGUGCAUCUCAGACUUUACUAAUGCAAGCAAGAAGCUUUCUCUGAAGGAGGGUAGCUUGGUGUUCCCUCACUUUGUGCUAGCAUAUGCUGUAGGAGAGGCUCAGGCUUUUCCAGAACCCCCUGCUGCCUUCUGCACUCACUCCCUCCAACUUCACCUGGGACUGGAGAACAGGUCCAUUGCACUUCAGGUCGAGCUGUGAAGUGUGUGCCUCCCAAGGUGAUGGUCUUACCCAAUACUCAGCUAAAAUGCAAUACUUCCUCCUUUUGGCAGGCACCAAACUCUCAGCUUGUUAGUGAUGCCUCUGUCCUGGAAUUAAUGCCUUUCCUCUGACACUGGUGGAGCAAAGUGCACCUGUACCUCACAGUGUUGGUGCCAAAUAGGCAGUUGGUUGAAACUGAGAGGAAAGACAAGGCUGGGAUUUGCUCUGUUCUCCCAUCUCUGUGAGAGAUCACCACUGCAGUUCCUGCCCACAGUUCAGAUCUAAUCUGCACGUGUCUUUGCAGUCUCUCUCACCUUGAUACACAGUAGCUUCAUCAGUAACACCAAGCAGUUAGCAUAAGGCUUAAGUUCCAGCUGGUAUGGAGACCUGGAUGGAAACCCUACAAGGAGAGCAGGUCCCUGUCAUUGGAAUGGAAAUCCUGGCAAGAGAAGAACUCUCUCCCAGGUGUGCACCUGUCCCAGAAAUUAAAUUAGCACUGAACAUUAGCACAGGUGCUUCACAAGCAGAUCAUCUUCCAGUGUUUCAUAGGUACUUCCCACUGUUGCCUGGCUGCUUAAACUGCAUCAGUUCAAGGUACUAGGUAUAUGGCUAGACAGGCUUUUCUCUGAAAAGGUAAAAUCAUAUACCAUGGUAUACCUGAUUUGGUUAUUUUAGUGCAUAGAAAAUUGGAAGUAUAUGAGAAAAAAACCAAGUCUUGGAGAAGAAUGGCAGGAUUUGUAUUUCUACAGCUACUGUAUAAGAGCAUUCUGUCACUAGGAACAUGUUCUGCUUUGGCUUGUUUGGUUUUUUGGGUUUUUUUAUAUUGGGUUUGAUUUGAAGUUUUUAGCUUUAUUUUUUUAAAGAAGCUAGAGACUUUAGUCUACCUUAGUGUCCUCCAGUUCUGCUGAAGCAACAGGUAAUAGCUGGGUAUUUGACGUCAGCAGUGCCAAAGGGAGACUCUUGGUGUGGAAAUUCUAGCCCUGAUGUUGAUCUAUUAAUUGAAGCAUAUUUUAGGCCAUAGUAGGAGAAAAAAAAGAAUAUGUAUAUAGCAUUCAAACACAGAGGCUGAUUUUUCUGCAGUCUCUAGGUUACUGAAGAGCCACCACUGGAAAUUGUCCCUCCCUGCUGACUGUGAUCUCCACAUGUACCUCAAUAUGUGCCCCUAAAACCUGGCAAUGUGAGUGCCCUUUUCCUCCUUUUUUUUCUUCAUAGAAGGCUCUGCACAAUUCUCAGAUGAAUCUGGACAAUAAUGUAAAAUUCCUCAAGUCUUACAUGCUUUUGUGUAUUCUGCUUUCAGGAUGCUUUCUUGCAAAAAUUAACUUCUCAUAGCAAGGGCCAUCUUUGUUGCUGCAUGAAAAUCCCACAAAAAACUAGGAACCAAAACAGAUAGUGCGGCAAGCACACAAAAAAUUUGGGCUAGAUAAUUUUUAGCUAGUUUCAGUGGUUUUAAAUGCUUAUAGGGAUACAGAUAAUAAGUUUCAGAAUAUUUCUGUGGUUGGUCAUACAUGACUUUUGUUCCAGUCACUGUUAGAAACUGAGGCACAGAAAAUUGAUGGCGAUAUGCCAAUUGUCCAAAGAAAAGUAAUAGGAGAAAAAUUGAAUUUUUCUUGACUUUGAUUUCCUUGCCCUGUUGAGUUAGAUAUCUACUAAAAUUCAGGAUCAUGGUUAGAAAUGCGUGGGUUUUCCAUCCAAGUGCAGGAAUGGCUGCAGAGCAGGGAGCCUCCAGGCUCUGCAGAGAGGUGAGGUGAGUACCUUGCUGUUCAAAAGAUACAUCCAUGCAAUGGAAUGGGCUCAGUCUGGCGACUGCACUUUAGUAGCUUCUUGAACAGCUUGCUCUGUGCUGCUGAGACCCAAUGACAUGCAUAAUUUCAGACCAUCUUACCUUUUCCACUGUUUCUUCAAGAUUUCCCACCCUUGGUCUUUCCUGCUAGAAUGGUUUGUUUGAGGUUGCCUCUUGUAACCCAAAUCAUACCAGUCUUUGCUGUAGCAAUAUUGUCCUUGCAGAGGUGACUUCUGCUGAGCAGGAACAGGCUUGCUGGCAUUUUGUUAAUCUGCUCAAGACCUUCAAUUUGCUUUAUUUUGACUGGGUAGAAGUUGUAGGCUGGCUCAGACUAUUGAACUGGGCAGUUGCCCUUGUACAUGUUUGACUGAUAAGAUUACACAGUAGCAGUCUGUUCUAGGGAACAUACUCCGGUGUAUCUCCCUUGAAGGAGAGAACUUUCAGCAUAACAUGCCUUCAGACUGGCUGCUAUUGACUUCUCAGUCAUGUGGCAUCUUCUGUGCUACCAGUGAGUUUAGAAAGCAGUUAAUUUUACUGCUCAGAUCUUUUCAGUAAACUACCAUGUUAAUGUGGGUAUUUUGGGGAUAAUAUUUUCAGUAUUCAUGACAGGUAAUCAAACUAGCGACUUGGUUUUGGGUUUGGUAAUACCUAGCUUGUAAAUACUGGAUAGCAACUCCUCAGUAACAACUGGAUGUUAAGUCAUGGGAUGUUCCUGAGGAAUCAGAAGCUACUUUGCAGUGUAGGCUUGAGCACAGUAAUAAGAGUUGUGUUCACUCUCUUCACUAAACACCUUACUCCUGUAAUUCCCUCAUGUUUCUCCCUUGUACAGUCAAGUCCUUUAGGAAGACUUGCUAGUGCUCUCCUCUGGUGCUUUCUGGGAUUGCAGUAAAGAAGCAGGUCCAUUUGUUUGAUUCCCUCAUCAGUUUACUGGUGUUAGUUUGAGGUGAGUAAAUUACCAAAGAAUAGUUGAUAGGAGGUUUAUGUUCCUAAUCUCAGUUGUUCAUUCUCCUCACAGAUCCAUUUUUAAGAUCAUUGCAAGAGUGUCCAGUGAUCUUGCUGGACUUGGUCUGUUCACAAAAGUUACACUCAAAUUGUGGGUGACUCUUGUGACUCUUCAUGAGAGGAACUCCUGAAUUGCAUUAAGGGGUUUAUAUUUGCUGCCUCCAUUUUAGGUCUUUGUCAGUUUUUUGCAUCUAGAGGAUUAAGAUCAUUCUCUUCCAGAAUUUCAUCCUAUUUCUUCACCUGAGCGCUUGCUUUGUCUAUAGCUUGCAGCUGCAAAGUUAACAGAUCACAUUUUUGAUCCAGUUACGUCAAGUGGUGCUUUGCUGAGAGGCAUUUACAGGCCUUUUGAACAGCUGUGCCUUACCUGGUGCAGGUGUGAAACAAAGCAGGCUUACCUAGACCCUUCACGGGGUCACUUGUUUGCUUUGUUUGCAAGAAACCAAGGACAGAUGGGCUGUCAGUUAUUGCAUGUGGGAAAGCAGCAGCAUCUUUCAACAACCAGGUGGGAGGUCUGUUUUUAAUGGUCAGUUGCCCUUAUUUUCAAUAAACACACUUUUCCAAGGUGUCUGAUAUUGUCUUACUUAGCUGCUUUUGCCAUUGCUGCUAUGACUGAAUUACUGGACCUGGGCUACAGCUUGUUCCUAAGGAACUCUGUUGCAGAGAUGUGUGUCAUGCAGGUGGAGCUGAUCCUUUGGCCAGCCCAUGCUGAGUCAGGGACUCCUGAGCUACCAGGCACAAACUUUUUAACUUAAAGCCAAGUGAAAAUCCCUGUGCACCCUGCAGGCCACCCCGCAGUCUGAGCCCAUGGUGUGACCUCAACUUAAAAUGUAUUUUUGAGUGUAACUUAUUUGAAAUUCUGAAGCAGACAUCCCAGGACAAGAGAGAGUGUAAAAGAGAACACAGCCAUGUCUUCUGUGAGGUGCUCUCCUUUGUUCCUGUACAUGAGCACCUUGUGUGUUGAGGAUGGGCAAGGAACACCAGAGAAACAGUAAAAGGGAAAGAGUGUUUGGUAUGGCUCUUAAAUUUAAAAACUAGAGGGGAUAUGUAAAUGCCUAAUCAGAAAUAUCUUUGAGAGAUCAAGUAUAUCUAUGUUUGACAUUCCUGAUUCUCUGUGCUAUUUUGUAAUGAUAAAAUUAAGAAAUAUCUUUUUGCUUGUGAUGUUGGGUUUUUUCAUGAAAACCAUGUGGUACUUGGCUAAUUAAAAGAAUGCUCUUGCAGAAAGCAAUCUUCCCAUAUCCUAACAGCCUUUCCCACUAGUAUCCUGCUAGGGAGCAGUAUGGUCUAAGAAAGUGCACACAGAUUUAAAAUGGAGGGCUGGGGUUGGCUGGGUUGGGAAAAUGUGGGCUGUGUGACUGUUUCUGUACCCAAAAAACCACCAACACUUAAUUGUAUACAAAUUGUGGUUGCUGUACUGAAACUGAGAGGGUAUAUAAAACCCCUUGCAACACAGUGCAAUGCCUUUAGUCCACAAUUCUUUUGAAUUGAUUCUUUUGCCUUCAGGACAAAAAAUUCAGGAGUCAAUACAGUGUUUUCUUAGGAAUGGCUUUUCUAGAUUCCCUUACUAAAAGGGAAAAUUCAGGUGCUGAAUCUUACAAUCUCAUUAAACUUGUACUUUUUAUUUGCCCAUUCACCUGGUCUCUUUUCAUUUUCAAGGCCUCCCACAGUCUCAGGGUAUAAAUCACUAUGACUCAUCCAAAUAGUACCGAAAUGGACCAACCAGAGGUUAAUGUGCCUUCCUCUUCUGGUACCUUGAUCUUUAUAAAGUUAUCUCAAACUUGUCACUGUCUUAGGGCUGGGUACAUGCAUUGUCUUUUUCUAAGAUGUAUGUGUUGAAAUUGCAACAGAUUUGUACUGUUACUUGUGACUUGUUCCAUUUGUGUUAGGAUGUGGUGUAGACAAAUCAAUGCGCUGGUUGGUCUUGGAAUCAGUCUUGCCAGUGACAUCUGUCAGUGCUUGCUUUUGUGUUCAUGUGUGCAUAAAUGCUGGAUCUCCCCACUACCUGUAGUGCAUAAAAUGCACAAAAUACACAAGAUGUUUUAAAAUGUGCAGUGAUCAUAACUUGUUGCCUGAAGGUAGGAUGUCCUACAGUGAACUGUUUUUUAUGUUUUUGCCCAAAUAUUUUUAAUAAGACCCAAAGGGGAAAAAAAUAAUCAGGACUUGCUGAUAUUUGAUGGCUUUUUUCCUGAAUCCAGGGUCUGAUGUUUGUUAACAACUCCUCCAAAUCUACCCAUCUAAUAGAGGCUUUCUCAGCUUGUUUUUGUCAUGAGCUGUAUCAGAAACAGCGCUGAAUCCUGAACUAGUAGUAACAGCUCUCUUCAUAUAUUACAGUGCACUUUUUUAACUGUAAGAUAAACCUGUUCCAAUUUAUUGAUCCAGCUUGCAAAUGAAACAGUGGGAAACUGCAGAUAAUAUGUGAAACCAGCCUGUCUGCACAUGGGGCUCAGUGUUCUGUUACCUUGCAAAUUGUUUCUCCUCUCUGAAAAGGUUUAGGUUUUUUGCUGUUUUUUUUCAAUACAAAGACAUUACAUUUGGCUUAGUUUUCUAAAGAUACAUUUGUUUACAAACCUCAAACUUACAUCUGGAAUUUGGGCUGAGUUUCUAACUCUUAUGCAGACAGUAGAAUUGAUACAUUAUGUCUCAUAAGGGCAUGAAAACAGGAACAUAUAUAUCUUCACUUGCUGUGGCCUUCUAUGGAUGUGCUUAUGCAUAUUUAAGUGAAUUACAGUACUGCAUUCUGUUGAUCCAUGAGGCUACCUUUGUAUUUAGAAUCAGCAUGAUUAGUCAUCAAUGUAUUGACAUUAAUACAUGGUCUCAGAGCUCUAAGGCCUUUUCUGUGUCUUUUGUGCUAUCUGUUUUCUCUGUACCGCAGUGCAGACUUAGUGUGGAGUUCUUUUUGCUUCGUGCUAAUUUAAAAGUUCCUUUAAAUUCGGUGAGGUCUAUCAGCAGAUCAGGAAGUGGAGGUGCCCUGUGCCUUCACCCAGUGUAUUUGUCAAACUGGUCUGUAAUGGUUUAGCCAGAGAACUGGCAUCUUCAACUGCUACUCAAAAUCUUGACUAAAGGUUUAAUUCAGGGCAAUACCAGGAAAGUGAGUUGCUGACUCAUGUAAAGGCUUCCUCCAGAGAUUUAUUUUUUCAGGGGGUGGAAUUAUAAAAGAAUAGGGAUAUGAGCAAAACAAUAACAAUAAUCUUCUCUCAGAAGAGUUAUUCUGAUGUACUGUGUCCAGCAAGAAUGACAAUGGCUAUGCUCAGAGGUGAGCUGGCAAUGGAAUGUUUGAAGGGUAGGCCUUGAGGAUUUGUGCCAUCAUGCCUUAGAUCACUGCAAAUUAGUUGCUCCCAGAGCUUUUGAAACUGGUGGUCAUCCCUCCCCAGAUGAGAUGUCAAGAAUGGCACGAGGUAAUACAGUUUCCCCAGUGGUCACUCAGUCUUCCCCUUAACAUUCAAGGUUACCAGUGCAUUUCUCUCCGUUUUCAUGAGUGACUGACUGUAUGGACUAGUGUGACUUCCCAGCUGCCACCAGGCCCCUCCACAUGCUUUGUGCAGGCAUGAAGGAGUGAAAGAGCCUUGUCUGUGUUGUCCUCCACUUGGCUUGCUGUUGACAGUGCAGGGAUGGUAACAGGCCAGCUGUGAUUUACAGCUUCAGCUGGUUGCUCUGGGCUUCUUUCACAUUGUAGAUAUGAUACUGGGGCUGUUACGGAAAGAACUGGGUAACUAACUUCUGGUGGGCUUUGUCUCUCUUGUUUGCUGUCUCCAGUCUCAGUCUCUUGUCCCAGCCUCACUCACAACUUGUCUCACUGCUGCCUGGGACUUGAGCAAGUUCCCUGUUCUCUCAUGGUGUACUAGUUCAGGCACCAAAUCCUGCAAAGCCUGGGGGCGCCUGUUAAAGCCCCACUACACUUAGAAACUUCUACAAUGGCUUAGGCAUUGGUUUGCUGAACUCAGACCUUGCUCACAGUGUCCUUAUUAAUUUUGCUUAGCUCUAGGUAUCUUCCUGGACUGCCAUAACCCUUUCAGUCCAAAAAGGUUUGCUCCAAAGUCACUCCUGUUCCAUGGAGUUGAUUCCCAUACUGCUGGUUAUUGCAAUUCAGUGGCUUUUCCUUGUUUUUAUUCUGGUAUUUAUUCUGACUUUCUCAACUCCUGAACAUAGUACAGGGGCCCAUCCUGAGGCAUCAGAAUCAUUUGUCUUCUCUAAAGGUGCACAGAAACAAGGAUCUCUUAGACAAACAAGGAGGAAAACAACUGCAUAUACACAAGUAGAAAGGUGUCUCUGAGUAGAACAGGUGAAGAAUCAGCUUAUGAAUUUUAAGUAUAAAAACAGUAAUUAAAGGGGUUUUUGGUUGUUUUUUUUAAAUUGUUUGAACAGGAAGUUAGGUGGUGCUUUAGGCCACAGAAAGUUGCAAUGUAAACCGGGAUUUUCUGUCCAUCAAUGCAAAAUGUGCCUCUCAACUAUAAUGCAAAGUCAGUCUCUGUUGCUCUCGUUUGCAAUGGAGGAUUACCUGAAGACUGAUUUAAUGUGUUUCUUGCUCUCUUAUGUAUAAUCACCCACACAACAGUUCUUGUUGGUCUUUCCCAAGCACUAUUCAGCCCUAUCCCUAUUUAAAAACAAAAUGGGGACUGCACUGAGUAGUGGAACAUAAUGAAUUUCCUUGGUUUGAGAGAGACCCUAGAGAAAAGAAUCCAGGUUACGUGUAUUUUAACUAUAACCUUAAACCAAUGCAGCUAUUCUCUCAGACCAGUGCAGCUUCCUACAUUUCCCUCAAUUUACAAGGGAAUUUAAAAAUAAACCAAGCAAUACAUGAGCCAGUUGAUGUCCUUGCAGGUGGAACAUGCUUUUUUGUUUAAAAAAAAUGAAUUGAAGAUUGAGAUUUCUUUUGUGGAAGAACUUUUUGUGGAUGCAAGAGUGUGGAGCUCAGAUUACAGCUCUUCCACCAGCUUGUUAAAUGCAAUUAAGUAUUCCAGACUGUUUUGAAGAAAACUCUGUAAAAGCUGUGAAGGCAUAGACUGGAACUGAUAAUUUUAAAUUUUGGGUCAUGUUUGUGUUGCUUGACUACAUGGACAAUGUAACUGAUUUUUACAAAUUGGUUUCCAUGUGUCAGUCACAAAUAAUUUGCUGUUUGGAGGAAAACUUUCAGUAGAUACAUUUCCAGAUCAAAUUAUGAGCCUAUCUUCCCUCUUGCAUAACCGGGUUACUGUGUUUACAUGCCAGAAAGAUGUUGCUCUUCGAAGAAGCAUGUUAGUGUAUGUGGCAAUGCUCCAUGCACUUUUAAAAUACCUAGACCUGUACAUUCUCAUCUGAGUAUCGUUAACCAUGCUGUAGUCUGACAAAUGAAUCUUUUACUACUGCCCUGUUACAUAGAUAAUUGUAAUUAACUGCAGUUUGUUUUUAUUCCACUACUUGAAGUCGUGUGAUCUGAAAAUUGGUGAACAAAAAGUAUUUGUGCAUCUUACUAUGGGUAUCUCUAAAUAAAAUGUAUUUGUAUAGUG